AUGCUCUCCAAACAAAUCAUCCGCUCAUUCCUUACACGAAAUCGAAAUUUCCACAAAACCAUCAAAUCUAGGGUCCUUUCUCCAGGUUUUUCGCUUGAAAAAGAGUGGACUGGUCGCCACGUGGCACUUGGAAAACUGGGAUUAGGUGGAGAUUACGAAUGGAUUUCCGCCGUACAGAAGAAAUUUAUUGGUGGUGGAUAUGCGAGUGCUGUUGAUGUGGAUGCAGCUGUCUGUGUUGCUGAACAAAAAGAUCAAGUUGACGAUGUGAUUGAGCUUCUUUAUAAAUUGAGACACAGUGUAAAAGCAGCUGAAAAACUGGAAUCAAGUGAAUAUGCACUCGUCAGAUUGCUGCUCAAAUAUCAACCGGAAACCAUUCUUACAUUAGCCAACGAUCCGAUCAACUACGGAGUAUUCCUGAAUCAACAUCUUGCUUGCAUCGUCAUUGAUCAUUUCAUUAAUUCGUCGAACAUCCAAUCUGCCGCCCGUAUUGUCACAUGGAUGAUUCAACAAGAAGAACUUGAAAAUGAACUACUCAAUGUACUUGGAUUAUAUGUUUGUGCGAAAUGGGCUGAGCUACCAGUUGAUCAACAAACGCUCGAGCUGGGUGGCGUAGAAGAAGAGGAAGAUGUUAACGAUGAUGAUAUUAGAACUUUCAAAUUUCCAUAUCUCAAAAACGACAGCUUUGACGAACAUUUCGAUCUCACCAAUCCAAAUCAUCUCAUCGGAAAAUCGCUAAUGUGGUUAUCACGUGACACUUCGUCACUCAAUAAAGAUCUUAAAUCCAGUCUCAACGCUCUCGGAGCUGUUCUUUUCGAGAAGUUGGCAGAAGCAGAAUCCACGAUUUCCACAUCACUUCCAAGUGUGAAACAUCUGGUCGCAGAAAGAUUAAAGGCAAAAGAAGGGGAAGAACAAUCAGAAGACGUCAAAAAGAUUUUGGAAAAGAUUGGAGAAACUCAGAAAUCAGAGGAAGGGCAGAAGUUGAGUGAUAUGGUUUUGGAGCAUUUGAAAACGAUUCAGGCCGCCGAAGAAGAGAAACUCUGCUCUGAACAAGUAAAGCUGUAUUCCGCUUGGAAUGAACGCCGCCAAAUCCUCGCAAAAUCACAAGCCCAAAAAGUAUUACUUCGCGUACGUCAGGAUGAGAUUCGAGCAGAGUUGAAACAACUGGAUGAGCAAGAAGAGCAAAUGAGCUUCUUCAAAAAUCGAUUGCAAUGGGAGAAACGGGCUGCGGAAAAUACGCAAAUUGAUGAAGAGUCGAAGGAGAGGCAUAAGAAAAGAGAAUCUGCUGUUUAA